AAAGAUGGCUCAAAAGUGACACAAGUAAUCGCCACUCCAGGCCAGGGACCGGACCGGCCGCAAGAGGUCUCCUACACGGACACGAAGGUGAUCGGCAACGGCUCGUUUGGGGUCGUAUAUCAGGCCCGACUCGUCGACACCUCGGAAAUGGUGGCCAUCAAGCGUGUGCUCCAAGACAAGAGGUUUAAGAACCGCGAGUUGCAGAUUAUGCGGCGCCUGGACCACUGCAAUGUCGUCAAACUCAAGUACUUCUUCUACACCAAAAGACGAGGUGUAUCUGAAUCUGGUGUUGGAGUUCAUACCGGAAACGGUAUAUCGAGUCGCGCGACACUAUUCAAAGUCAAAGCAAACAAUUCCGAUAUCAUUCAUAAAGCUAUAUAUGUAUCAACUGUUUCGGUAGUGUAUCUGAAUCUGGUGUUGGAGUUCAUACCGGAAACGGUAUAUCGAGUCGCGCGACACUAUUCAAAGUCAAAGCAAACAAUUCCGAUAUCAUUCAUAAAGCUAUAUAUGUAUCAACUGUUUCGGUCGUUAGCUUAUAUCCAUUCGCUGGGCAUUUGUCACCGGGAUAUCAAACCACAAAACUUAUUACUCGACCCCAAUAGCGGUGUUCUUAAAUUAUGUGAUUUUGGAAGUGCGAAACAUUUGGUGAGAGGAGAGCCCAAUGUCUCGUAUAUCUGUUCCCGAUAUUACAGAGCGCCUGAACUCAUAUUCGGGGCAACGGAUUACACCACAAUGAUUGACGUGUGGUCGGCGGGCUGUGUGUUGGCCGAACUCCUGUUAGGUCAGCCCAUAUUCCCGGGCGACUCCGGUGUCGACCAAUUGGUUGAGAUCAUCAAAGUAUUGGGUACACCGACGAAGGAGCAGAUCCGCGAAAUGAACCGCAAUUACACUGAAUUCAAGUUUCCACAAAUCAAAGCCCAUCCCUGGCAAAAGGUAGGCUCAGAUUCCAUGGUGUUCCGCACCCGUACCCCACCGGAAGCCAUAGAGUUGGUGUCGCGGCUGUUGGAGUACACGCCGUCGUCGCGCAUAACACCCCUCCAGGCCUGUGGUCACCCGUUCUUCAGCGAGUUGCGAGAGCCGGGCACUCGACUGCCCAACAACAAGGAGUUGCCGCCACUAUUCAACUUCACUGAACAGGAACUCAAAAUCCAACCCUCGCUCGAGUCGGUGCUCAUACCGGCGCACCUCAGGUCGGUGUGUGGCGUGGCUAUGGCCGCGGCCUCGACGUCGACUGUUACGUCGGGGGCCCAGUCGUCCGGGGCGGGCCCCAGCAUGUCGUGCGGUAUGUCGGCCUCGGCGGUGCCCGUGGGCAGUGAUCUCCAACAAGCAGUCUCUUCAACGUCAACGGUGGGCGCUGUGAGCGCCUCCACCGCCGAUAUGUUACAGUCAAACGAGUCGCAGACGAGUACCGGUGCGCCCGUAGUGGCCGCCUCUUCAUCACAACAAUGAUUAGUAUAUAAUUAGUGUUUAAUUGAGAGUAAAAUAAACACAAACACAGAGUUUAUAUAAAAAGAAUUCACUAUUAGUUAAAACAUGUGACAAAACCACAAAUAUAUAUAUAUUUCAUGAAAAUAUUUCCAUUAAAUAAUAAUUAAUUGAUUAUUAUUAUUACGAUUAGUUAUCAAGUUAUGAAACCAUAGUUUUGAAUACAAAACACAAGACUUGCAGUUCGAGUGCGAAUAAAAUGAGAUGUAAUCACAAAAUGACAAUUGAUUUCCAUUUUAAGUAUUUAAUUGUUUAUUUGCAAUCAAUUAUUUGCUUUGUUGUAAUACCUGUGCCCUCCUGUUCCCCUG